UUGUUUAAACAGUUCUUAUCUACCAUUGGCAACAUGAGCCAUGAAUCAGAUAACGACCGGUACUACCGUGAUCUGUCAAGUUUGAAGUAUAAUCUCUCUUUUGCGGGUUGUGGAUUUCUUGGACUUUAUCAUGUCGGAGUAGUUUGUUGUUUACGGAAGUUUGCCCCUCAUUUAUACAAAAACAAGCCAGUAUCUGGGGCUAGUGCCGGAGCUCUUACUGCUGCUUGUCUAGUUUGUGACGUCAACAUUGCUGAAAUCGUACAAUAUAUUUGUGAACUCAUCAAGAAUUGCCGACAGUACUUUUUCGGUCCAUUUGACCCUCGAUUUAAAGUCAACGAGCAUUUAAGAGAGGGUCUUUCGCGAAUCCUCCCGUCAGACGCUCACAUCCUUUGUUCCGAAAGACUCUCGAUUUCGUUAACAUCUUACGCAACACAUAAGAAUGUGAUUGUCAAUCGAUUCAAGGACCGCGAUGAGUUGAUUUCUGCAAUCCUCUGUUCCACCUUCAUUCCGAUUUUCAGCGGAUUUGUGCCAGCUGUGUUUCGUGGCCAGUUGGUACUUGACGGGGGAUUUUCGGACAAUUUGCUUUGCAUCGACCGACGUACGCUCACCGUGAGUCCUUUUUUCGGUGAGGCUGAUAUUUGUCCAAUGGAUGCACAUUGGGAUGGACAAUACUCUUCACCAGCUCCACAGUGGUUUGAGGAUUGGUUCGGUACGAUUUUCUUUCUGAACAACACAAUGCAUUUAAACUGGACUAAUGUAAAACGAUUUGCCAGCAUGUUGUGGCCAAUGAGUCCGGAACAGCUCACCAGUCUUGCUGCGCAGGGGUAUGCAGACGCACUGCGUUUUCUAACUACACGGGUAUCUCGAUCCCGUCCAGAUCUGAACUCCGAGGCUUUAUCCUCACCUCUACUGCAUAAACCUGCAACAACAAAAGUUUCAAACGGACCCAGAUGCAAAGCCAGGCGUCGCCGAACUGUUGAAACUUCAUAUCCGAAUAGAUCAACCAGCGUCGCUGACAGCUUGGAUGCAGCCGAUUUGGUGUGUGCUGGUUUGGGCCUCAAUGUAGCCAGUUGUUUCGCCUGCCGGGAGAAACUACGGAGUGCACGUAACUCAACUUUGCCUGCUUUUAUCCGAUCUAUCAUCAUGGGAGGUGUGCGUGCUCGCCUGCCAAAUUCGGACCAUUCGUACCUGCAGGCGAGUAAACAGACGUGGACUGUAGUGUCUAGUAUUUUGCACCAAAGUGCAUCUUACGUGUGCUCGUUGGCCUACAGAACACUCUCUCCACCGGUCGUUUUCCAACUGGAUCUUCUCGUGCGAGUCGUAACCUUGGCAACUUCUGUGUGUGAAGAAUGUCGGUUGAUUGGUGGUCACCUGCGUAGUCUACUCGGUACGCUUGAGAAGGCCAAAGAAAUACUUUCCAGUUGCGACUCGGCAUGUGAAUUGGAGCUCAACCUGGAUGAGCAGUGGGAUACUCCUAGUCUCUUCAUGAUACCCCAGACUUAUCAGCCUCAGUGUCGCAAACGACAGAAACCUUCACUUUCCGGCCACCCAUUUGGGUUCGCUGAUCAAAUCCAAUCCGUUUUCGACAGUAGCACAGACAAUAUUUCCAAAUUCUUAUUCCGUUGCUCACGGUUUCAACUACCCACAGCAGAGGAAUGUGGACUGGAACUAUUCAGCACUUCGGUUUCAGAUUUCCUAGCGCGUCAGUCCCUUCCAAUAGCUGUGCAGAUGUCUUCGCCGCCAUCAACCAGUCCCUUGGCCCGCCGAAGUGCAUCAGUGGAUGCUUCUGUUUCCGAAACCGGCAGGUGUCUGGUGAAAGAGCCCGCUGAAGCGAAUACUUCCUACACUUCCUCUACAUCCAUUUCAAUCACUCCAACUGCAUCUGAUAGCGAGGAAGCCGAUGAGCUGGCGGGUGGAACGCUUAAGUACUUUCGUCCCUCUCCUCCUUCUAGUCAUAUCAGGUUCUCUUUGCAAUCGGGACUAUGAGCAUCAGUGUUUGCCUCAUCUUCAUACUGGUGACAAAUCGAAAAGUCUCCUUAGUUGUCCUUACUUAGUCUUUCACCACUCGGCUAUUUUAUCUGUUUGAGCUAGUUUUUUUUCAACCGUCUUAUUUUUGAGCCCAAUCUUCUGAUUGCCGUCAUGGCACUGAUUAAUUUGUGCUUUAUCUAUACCAUUUAUUAUUUUUGGUGAUUGAUGGUGUCCCUCUUAUUUUCACAAUAAAAAAAGGAAUUUCAGAUCUAGGAUUUUCGCUACCAAACCCCGUACAAAUGAUGCAUCACCCUUGAUCAGGCCACUUGAAUUUUUGGUGAUUUAUUGUUUCUCGCUCUGUUCACGGUUUUUUCUUUACUACAAUGCAAAGUUGAUGAAUAUGUGCAAUAAAGUUUUUUGAAUCAGAAUUAUACUUUGCCCUGCGUGUCGUGCGAUAUUUUCCUCCAAAGAAUGUCGACAACCCAAGGUGUAUGUUUGGUU